CAGGCAACACAGCAGACAGGUGGAAGUAGAAGGAGUGUGUUUGGCAGUAGAGUAUGUGUGUGGAUCAUUUUUGGUGGAAUGGUGGAUUUUUAGGAGGAAUGGCAUGACUGGACCUUUGACCUGAGCAACAGGAUCGAGUCGUUUGUUCUUCUCGAGAGGUUUCGUCAGCAGACAUGGCUUCCCUCGGGCAGAUCAUCUUCUACAGGUGUGGCCUAUGAUUACCCUCAUCAUCCUAUUCUCAGCCCUCAUCAUCCUCAUCUUAUCCUUGGCCUUCACAGGCAACUUGUCCGAGGUGAUGAGCAGCAGCAGGUUCCCCGUCGCCAACCUCGGCGAGGACAAGCUCAUCAGCUGCUAUCUGAACACAGAGAGUCAACAAGGCAGACUCAGAGAGGUGUCAGUCAUCUGGGAGAAGAAGGAUAUGACGGGACUGGUUUACCAGUACAGGGACGGAGCUCCGGCUCUUGAGCGCCAGAACUCCCAGUUUAAAGGGAGAACUCAGCUUUUCCCCGAUGCUUUGCUCACGGGUAACGCCUCCCUGCUGCUGAGGAGUGUGAGACAGAGUGACGAGGGGCAGUACACCUGCAGCAUCACCUCCUCUGAGGGAGGAGGGAAGGUCAAUAUUCACCUCAGAACAGCAGCCUAUUCAACCCCCACAUUUAAAUUCUCCGGCGGCAUCCUGGUUGCUGAAGCGAGCAGGUGGUUCCCUAAACCAAAUGUGACAUGGACCAGCUUCGAUGGAGAUGUCCUGAAUGGAAGCACGAGCUACGCACAGAACUCUGCAGGGAUUUUCAGUUUAGUCAGCAACCUGCAGCCAGUCAACAUCAGCGACACCUACACCUGCAAGAUAGAAAAUGACCUGGUGACCUCCAUCUCCAGGGAAACUGUAACAGCCUCUGAUGUUUUGGGGAGCACAUACUUCACCUUCAAUGCUGCACCGCCCCUGCUGACGUCAUCGACAUACCUGAGCAUCAUGACGAGUGUCCUCUGCAUCUAUUAUCUGACCUAAUAACACACACACACACACACUCCACCUUGGUGUGAAUCUCUUUGCUUUGCAUGCGCUGCAUUCAGAAACAGAAUUUUAACAGAAGUAAAGAUUCAAAGUGCAUAAAUGCAGUAAUUUCUGAAAAUGACCGGUAUGUUAUUUGGUGUUUAAUUUAUUACAGUGGAUGUUGUUACUGUGUAACAGAAUUUUCUCGAUCAACAUUUCAUUUCUACUUUCUCAGGUGUAUGUGUGUCAUGUUUUAAGUGAAGGCUCCAUCUAGAUCAUGUGUAAUAAACAUUUCUAAAUUUUAAUUAGCUUGACUUUCUAUUUUCAAAGUUGUGUGUACAUUAUUAUUGGAAGUAAUCAACAUCCAUGAGGAGAAACUGCGGGAAAAAUAAAGACACAAUAAGAAAUUAAACUGCAUAUUAAAUUCCUGCAUAUAUAGAAAAGGCGUAUAUGAUCAAACUGGUACCUUACCAUUUUUUGUAUUACUGAGUCAAUAAAUAAAUACCAUGGAUUUUA